AACAAAUUUCAUGACAUAUGCCAGUGAUAUUAAAUGUGAUUCAGAGCCAAAAGGGGGCAGCUGUCAGUAAACUGGAUAUUGACAAUGUCUUAGGGAAUAAAUUGCAGGCUAGGAUGUUGUUCGGUAAAGCUGAUGAAAACGAAAGAAGGGGGGAGGGUAAUGGGUUACAUCAGAAGUAAGAGAAAUUAAGAAUUCACAGUGUGGGUUUAGAGCUGAGAAAUUAUGGAAUGAUAUGGGAUAUUUUAACAGGUUGUGUAUAUGAAUUUUAGCAAAGCCUUUCACAAGGCUCAUCAUACCAGAAUAGUCUGGAAGUUAGAUUGCAUGCGAUCUGGGGGAGAUAGCAGGUUGGAUUCAUAACUGACUUAGUGGUAGGAAACAGAGGGUGAUGCCCUGUAUCUAGUGGUGUACCACAGCGGUUGGUGCUGGGAUCUUUGCUGUUUUUAAACAUAUAAAUGAUUUGGAUGUCAAUGUCCAUGCAUAGCUAGUAAGCUUGUGGAUGUUACUAAAAUAUGUUGCAGGUACGUGGGCAGAGGAUUGAAAAAUGGCUUUCAAUCCAAAUAAUUGUAAGGUAUUGCAUUUUGGGAGAUCAAACUAGAAUAGGACUUGUACAGUGAAUGGUAGGGCCUUGGGGAGGGUAAUGGAACAGUAAGAUAUAGGAGUACUGCUGUACAUUUCACUGAAUGCAGUGUCAUAGGUAGAUAGAGUGAUAAAGAAGACAUUUGGCAACCAAGCCUGCAUCAGUCAGGAGUUGGAAAGUUUAGGAGUUGGAAAGUUACGGUGCAGCAAUAAGACAUUGGCUAUUAAACUAAAAAGAGUGCAGAAAGAUUUAUCAGGAAUUUUCUUGGUCUUGGGGGCCUGAGUAACAAGAAAAGGCUGCAAAGAUUGGGACUUUAUUCCCUGGAAUGUAGGCGAUUGAGGGGUGACCUGAUAGGGGUAUAUAGGUAAAUCAUAAGGAGGGAUAGACAAAGUAAAAGCACAUAGUCUUUUUCACAGUGAGAGUGUUAUAAAAAGGAGAGGACAUAGCUUUAAGAUCAGAGGCAGGAGAUUUUACAAGGGAUAUCAGGGACAACUUCAUGCCAGGGGUGUUAUGCAUUUGCAUGAGCCACCAGAAAUGGUGGUUGAUGCAGUGUCACUACCAGCAUUUUAAAGCCAUCUAGAUAAGCGUAUAGAUAGAAGAGAGACUUAGAGGGCUAUGGGCCAAUCACAGGCAAUGGACUAGCUCACUGGGCAACACAGGGGCUAGAAUAGAUGGGCCGAAGGGCCUAUUUCCGUGCUGUGUGACUCUACGGCAAUGGUUGGAAUUUGUUUGUAAUAUGAGGGAGAUGUAGAACUCAUGCAGGGCAAAGAAGGUACUGUAGGAUGGGAGACACAAGAGAUUCCACAAAUACUAGAGAUCUUGACAACAGCCCAACAUAUUGAAGGAACUCAGCAAGUCGGACUGCAGCUAUGAAGGGAAAUAAACAGUGGACCUUCAGGGCUGUGGGUCUGAAAUGUUGAUUCUUUAUUUUCUUCCAUGGAUGCUGCCGACUUGCUGAGUUCCGCGAGCAUUUUCUAUGUGUUGCACUGUGGAUAGGGGUUGUGCAUUGUUCUGGGAUAUGUUGGAAGUAGCGGAGCUUUCCAUAAAUUUAAGUUUACAGAUGUCAAGAGACAAUAACAACAACCUGUAUUCUUGCUUCAAUGUCCAAAGAACAAGAGCGUUGACAAACAGAAGCCGACCGUGCAGCGAUUAACAUUAAUAUCUAACACUUGGUCAGAGUAUUUCGGACCGGGCAGCACGACCAGACAGAGGCUUGAGCUUUGAACUGCCCCAGUUGUUUUCACGCCUGUGAGGAGAUUUGACGACUAAUUGAAGGCGGGGUGCCACUAAUUCGCAGCUCUGGGACUCCGUCACUUCACCCCGGACGCUCUCUGGGCGUCAGUUUCAUCGGAACCGUGCGUCCUCGCAAGGUGCCGAUUGCCUUCUGUGUGUUUCCGAGUCCCGAAGCGAUCAGUCUCUCCGCGAGGAACGCGGAACUCCCAUUGAAAGGUGCGGAGUCCGAACAUCGGAUAUAUCUCCAGCCCUGAUCUUAUCCUUUCUUUCCCCUCCCUCUCUCAUUCCACCAUCUGUCUCCUCUGAGGAAAGACGCUGCUCUAGCGACGCUCAUUUCCAUCGGCGUUAAGCUAUAUAUUAAAAUAAAAUCAAAGCCCAGAACUGGGACAGACCGGACCAACAGCUCCCGCCUCACUGCAAACUUCGCACUAAAUCCACUUUUCAGGACUCGGGACCUGUGACCGCUGGAGGGGCUCUGGAGAUGAAAUCGCCUUUGGAGGAGGAUCUCUUCCCAUUCGCCCGCGACCGCGUAGGGGAAGUUCCCGCUUGCGUGGACCCCGCCGACCUGCUCUCCCUCCUCAGGCAGAGGGAGAAAGAAGUGCAUGUGGCCGCUGAGCUGGGAAAAGCACUGCUCACUGAAAACCAGGAUCUGAAGAGGGAAAACGACAGGUUAGAGGAAGAAUACAGCCAGAAACUAGAGGAGCUUGAACAGGAGAAAUAUGCAUCGCGCCUGAAGUAUGAAGUGAGGGAGAGUGAGUGGGAGGCUCGAGUAGUAGAGCUGGAAGGAGAUGUGCAACAGCUGCAGCUGGAGCUCCAGAAACAGCAACAAUACACGCGUGAGGUCGAGAAGGUCAAAGUAGAUAUGGAAUGUGAUCUAAGUGAACAAAACCAGAAACUCGUGGAGCAACUGAGAAAAGCGACCAAAGUGGAGCAGACUCUUGCCCAUGAGAUCCACGCACUGCGAGGCAUGUUUAUGGGAAAGGAACUUCUGCUGAAUGACAGUGCAACAAUUGCACAGAGUCUCCAGGCUGAGAUCACCCUAUUAUCAGAACAGAAGCAUAACCUGGAGCAACGGAUGGUUACAAUGGAGAAGGAAAAUCUGUCACUGAAGAGCCAACACGACUCGGUACAAGAACAAUGCUCACAGCUGCAGCAGAAGAACCAGGAGCAGUCAUUGCAGCUAACCCUGUCACAGGAGGAUUUCGCGGAGGUGCAAGCACUGAACCAACAGCUGCAGAGCCGACUGCGGGAGCUGAGUGAGCAGCAGACAAUGCAGGAAUCCACCAGCUGCAACACAUCCCUGCUUUCGGAAAUUGAGCAGAGCCUGGAGUCCGAGGCCUGGGAGACCGAGAAAGAUCAGAUAAAGACUGAAAUUGAGAAGCUGCACCAGGAGUUACUGAACUUGAUGGGCAUGGAUCGCUCUGAUAGUUUGACUGGAUCUCAGACACCCAGUCUCCAGGCAGCCCUCUCGCACCUGAAAGAUUUGGUAUACAAUCUGGUGCAUGGGCCAGCUGUACCAGUUCACCCAGAAGAUGAUCCAAAAGGAUUGCAGGAGAAGCUGAAAUGGCAACAGCAACAAUUCCAGCAGGAGAAAGCAAUGAAUAAAGAAAAGCAGCAGAUGAUCGAGGAGCUUCAGAAUCAGGUGCAGUUGCAAAGCACUGAUCUGAUGAAGCUCAGGAAGGAAAAUGAUAGUCUGAGAUGCAGCCUAGAGAACUCUUCAGAUAAUCAACCUCUCCAGCAGGCCAUUCGCGAACGGGACACCGCAAUUGCAAAGAAGAAUGCCGUGGAAGUGGAGCUGGCCAAGUGUCAAAGGGACAUGAAGUUGUUGAACUCCCAGCUUCUGGACACUAUUCAGCAGAAAGUGGACCUGUCACAGGAGCUAGAAGCUUGGCAGGAUGACAUGCAGUUUGUAAUAAACCAGCAACUGAGAAACCAGCAGCAAGCUGAACAAACCUGGCCUGCUUCUGCCGAAAAUCCCAGUGAGAACUCUGAUUCUAAACACUCUUUCUUUCUCCGAAGGACCAGGGGUCAGAUUCCUGAAGGAAAAGGCUUCCUUGCAUUGUUUAAGAGGUGAAAACUGCCUCAGAUGUCUGUUUUCCCUUGAGACGUUUGUACCCAAAUAUUAGAUUUCAUCUACUUUUGGUGUGCUAAAACAUUUUUAUGCGCAAUGUUGGUGCCACUUUGAUUCCCUCCCUUAAUACAUUGUUAAAUUGUAUGAAAAGAGUUUUGGAAGUGUGCUUUUGUAUCUUACCUCAAAAGAUGAAAGAAGUUUUGAGCUGCAAACUUCCCAAUAUGAGUGUCAUGGACAGCUCUAAACUUCCAUAGUGAUCCCUUGGGAGGCCCUUCAGAUCUUAUGGAACCCUCUCCCAACAGCAGCUUUAAAGAAAGUGAGGGAAUACAUGGGAAGGGGACUUGCGGUGAUCCUCAACACACUCCAUCCCCCAUGCAAGGAUCUGCUCUGAUGAAAUCAUGUGCCAUAUGUGACCCCUUGCCACUGUGCAGAGUGAUCACUGAGUUAGGCACUGUGGCGGACUAUGCUGGGCCGAUUAAGGUAAUCACCGAUGGAGCAGACAGUAGCGAUUUUUAAUAUCUUGAGCAUUGCAAAAUAAGCUGGCAGAUUCUGUGUACAAUAUUACGAUGGAAUCUAUUUAAUCUCUAUCUCAAUGAUAGUUUUGGUAGGUUGUGCUUCAUUAUUUUCUAUGGUUGUCAUCUGACAGUCAUUUUCUCUCUCAAUAAAAGAACCAACCAGCUUUCCUCCACCACCAUCUCUAGAGACAAACUGUUGACAACUUUUAUAAACCUACAAAUUCCCACGGCUAUCUUGACUAUAUUUCUUCCCUCCCUGUCUCCUGUAAAAAUGCUAUUGCUUUUCUCAGUACUUUUGUCUCUGCUGCAUCUGUUCCCAGGAUGAUGCUUCCCUUUCCAGGACAUCAGAGAAGUCAGCCUUCUUCAAAGAACAGGGUUUCCCUUCCUCCACCACUGAUGCUGCCCUCACCUGCAUCACCUUCAUUUGCUAGACAUCCACGCUCACCACAUCUUCCCACUGCCUUAACAGUGAUGGAGUUCCUCCUGCACUUGUAUACCACCUCUGCAUCCAACACAUCCUUCUCUGAAACUUCCAAAGGGAUCCUACCACCAAACACAUCUUUAUCUCCCCCCACUUUCCACUUUCCAGAGGGAUCACUCUCUCUGUGAUUCCCUUGUCCAUUCAUCCCUCCCCACUAAUCAGCCUCCCAGCACUUAACCCUGCAAGAGUCUAAAGUGCUACACCAUUCAAGACCCCCUUCACCUCUAUUCAGGGCCCCAAACAGUCCUUCUAGGUAGGGCAACACUUCACCUGUCUAUUGUGUCUGGUGCUUCCAAUGCAGACUUCUCUACGUUAGUGAGACUCGUUUCUAAACUGGAAUACCACUCCGUCAAGUAUCUCCACUCCAUCUGGUGAAAGCGGAACUUCCUGGUGGUCAAAUAUUUUAAUUCUGAUUCAUAUUCCUGUUCUGACGUGUCGCUCCAUGGCCUCCUUUUGUGCCUCGUUGAGGCCACCCUCAGGGUGUAGGAGUAACUUGUAUUCCGUCUGGGUAGCCUCCAACCUGAUGGCAUGAAUAUCAAUUUCUCCCGGUGAAAGAAAAUUCCCUACUCCUCUUCUCUAUCCCUACCCCCCCCCCCCCACCGGUCUUUAACAUCUUCUCACCUGCUUAUCACCUACCCCUGGUGGUGCUCCUUCCUUUUUUCCUAUGAUCCACUCUCCUCCCCUAUCAGAUCCUUUCCUCUCCAGCCCUUUACCUUUCACAUGCACCUGGCUUCAGCUAUCACCCUCCAGCUAUCCUCCUUUCCCUCCCCCUCAACAGUUUAUUUUUCUGGCAUCUUUCCCCUUCCUUUCUAGUCCUGAGGAAGAGUCUUAGCCCAAAGCGUCAAAUGUUUGUUUAUUUCCAUGGAUGCUGCCUGAUCUGCAUGUUCUUCCAGCAUUUUGUGUGUGUUGUCUUUUUCCAAUUGUGAGAAGUCAAAUUGGGUUGAUGGGGUAUAAAAGGUGAGUGCACAAUUUGUAAUGCACUUUUGACACAAAAAAAAAAUUGGGUACACAGACAUUGAUACUGACCAGGUAUUAAUGAAAAGCAAAAUAAACACCAAUGCUAGUAACAUGAAAUUAAAAAAGGCGGGUGUUGAAAAUUGUCAGGAACAUACCUGUAGGGAGAAGUAGGGCUGAUGUUUUGAAUAAAUGACUUUUCAGCAGAAUAUUUCAAGCAUCUCUUUUAAUUCCUGACCAGAAAUGCCCAAACCAAUUGUGCAUCAAUCAGAAUUUCACCUGGAAAUUGACCUAUACUCCAGCUAAAGUCAAUUUUUGCUUACUUAUAAACCCAAUUUCUGGGCAUUAGCCGAUAGUUACUCAGGAGAUUACUUACACCAUGGAAUUAGUCCUUUGGAAUAUGUAAUUUCUUAUCAGAGAUUAUCGAUCAAGUAAAAAAUGAAGCUGGGUGCAUGGACUAUCCAUUACUGUUAAAAUAAAAAGGGGAAUUUUGUUUUUAAAAAAAGCUGAGCAUAUCUACUGUACGUAUAAGAAAUUUCGGCUUAAAAGAGACACCAGCUUUGCAGUGUUUUCUGUACUUGUGAGCUACAGAAGUGAUUAAACAGACUAAGAAAAUCCACUGUCAAAUAAAAGAGAACAAUAGAUAAUAAAAUACUUGACUUAAUACAAUUUAUGUUGGAUCUUCUAAGCUAUCAACCAGCUUGUUUGAAUCUGAGAUGGUGCUCGGUAUUGUUCUAGUUGGUGAUUAUUAAAGGUUCUUAAGAAUAAAUAUUUGAGUUAUGCCAUUGAUAAUAUGUAGUAAAAUGUGAAUAGCUGGUACUGGGCACAGUUUCAUCACCAUCUGUAAAGAGCAAGGAGAUUUGAUUGUAAAGUCUUAUCAGAACAAGUAUACACAGAAAAGGAAUCUUCAGUAUGUACCCAUUAUACAGAUGUAACAAAAUUAUUCUGUAUUUCUUAUACUUUUGUUUCCAGCAUUGGCAUUUUUCAUUUAAUUUAUCUGUAAUGUACAUAAUAUAAUGAGUUUAGAGACACUCAACAGUUUCUCCAGUGCCUGGAUGCUGCUAUAU